ACGAGGAAACAAAGUGCUUCAUUCCUUUAUCGAGAACAAGAGAAGGGUGCGUCAUGGCACCACCACCAUCAACGUUUUGGCGGUGUUGGGGAGAUUCCCCAUUUGUCUCCCAUUUAGCACGCGACGAAGCAAACAGACACCUCUCACACACGCGCUCUCCUCCUUCCUUGUCUGCAAUAAUUUAGUCCCUUUCAUUCUCUCACUCUGUCUUCAAAGGAAAGGAAUAAUAAUUCAAUUUAAGUUAAAAUCCAAUAGGAUUCAUAUUUAACGGAAAGGAUCGGAUCUUAAUGGCGGCUUCCAGGCGUCUUCGGGAGCUCCAAUCGCAACCAGCCAAUAAGAUCUGCGUCGACUGUUCCCAAAAGAACCCACAAUGGGCAUCUGUUUCCUACGGUGUCUUCAUGUGCUUAGAGUGCUCCGGCAAGCACCGUGGCCUCGGUGUCCACAUCUCCUUUGUCCGAUCCGUCACGAUGGAUUCCUGGUCCGAGAUCCAGAUCAAGAGGAUGGAAUCCGGCGGAAAUGACAAGCUCAAUGUCUUCUUAGCUCAAUACGGUAUCCCUAAAGAAACAGAUAUCGUCGCCAAAUACAGCACUAACGCCGCUAGUAUUUAUCGUGAUCGGAUCCAAUCGCUAGCGGAGGGUCGGUCUUGGAGGGACCCACCGGUCGUUAAAGAAACAAUUGGUAGCAAGAAAAAGCCCCCUUUGGCUCAAUCUGGUGGUGGUGGUGGUGGUGCUUGUGGCAGAGAUGGUAAUUUUGGUAAUAACGGAGGGUGGGAUAAUUGGGAUAACGAUGAUUCGUUUAAAUCUUCUUUAAGUGAAGUAAGGAGGAAUCAAUCGGUUAGCGAUUUUAGGGGGGGUGAUACUGGUGCUGGUAAUGAUGGAAUGGGAGGGGUGCCUGUGAAAUCGAGAUCGACGGAGGAUAUGUAUACCAAAUCUCAAUUGGAGGCUUCUGCAGCGAAUAAGGAGAGUUUUUUUGCUAGGAGAAUGGCAGAGAAUGAGGUGAGACCUGAUGGGAUCCCGCCUUCACAUGGUGGAAAGUAUGUGGGAUUUGGAUCCAGUCCUUCACCUACUCAGAGUGAUAAUAAGUCGCAGCAGGAUGUUCUGUCUGUUGUGUCACAGGGAUUUGGUAGGUUGUCUAUGGUGGCUGCAUCUGCGGCUCAGUCAGCUGCCAAUGUUGUCCAAGCCGGCACAAAAGAGUUAACUUCCAAGGUAAAGGAAGGUGGCUAUGAUUACAAGAUGAAUGAAACUGUCAACGUUGUAACUGCAAAAACAACAGAAAUUGGACAUAGGACAUGGGGGAUUAUGAAAGGGGUAAUGGCAAUGGCUUCGCAGAAGGUUGAGGAGUACACUAAAGAUGGCUGGAACACUGACAACUGGCAACAAAAUAAUAGUCAGAGUAAUGGAUAUUAUCAAGAGUUCAAUAAAGAGGAAAAUAAAGGAUGGAAUUCUUCUUCUAGUGGACAGUCCUCAAGUGGGCAUUACAAUUCUUGUAGCUCUAGUUCUUGGGAUGACUGGGACCGGAAAGACAACAGGAAGGAAGAUAGUGUAAAGUCUACUGCAUUGCAUAGCAAUGACGGUUGGGCAGGAUGGGAUGAUGCCAAAGAUGAUGGAUAUGAUGAUAAUUUCUACCAUAGUGCUCCAGAUAAGAAAUCCGCUGGUCACAAUGGAAAGUCCGAUGCAUCAUGGACAGGUGGAGGCUUCUUUAGGUAGAUUCAUAUUACAUUCUCUCCAAAAACCCUGGUCUACUCUGAAAUAUCGGUUAGUUCUUGAACUGUUGCGUGGCAGGCUGCAAUAAUUACAAAAGUAAUGGAUAUGAAUUUACACUAGUGUGCAGCCGAUUCGAAGUGUUGGCUGGAUGUCAUAUUUCGUGGGGGAAAUGCUUUGUUUAGACUGGUAUAUUUUCUGCAACUCUUUUUCCGUUUUAUUUUUUCUUGUCUAAAAAAAUUUAUGUACCUUUUCUGGUUCCGGUGUGUUUUGAAAUUAGUUUUAUAUAUACAACUUUAAACACGGAGAGGGCAAGCUCUGCCCAAAUCAAAAGAGCACUGCUCUUUAUGUGCGAGGACAUCAUGUGACUUGAAAAGUCAACCUUUGUAAUUGUGAUGACUGAUCAAUAUAGUCUUUCUUUCAAACUA